UUGUAACUGACAUCUGAGGCAGAGUGAGAUCAUAGAGAAUAGCUAGUGGCUACAUGCAGAGCGGGCAGUUCUGGGCGGCAUUUAGCUGUGCUAAAGGUGCUGGCUUUGUUUGCUUUAGGAGGAUUACAGUCAGACGUAGAGUUGUGUGUGCAGGAAAGUGACAGCUGCAGAAUGUCACACUGCUCCCGCCCUAGCAGCCAGCGUCCUACUGACACCUUUCACAACCUCUCUUUUUUCACAUGUAGCUAAUGGCUUCAAUGACACAACUUGAAAGAGAGAUGAUGGCUAAAGCUCAACGGCAGUAUCCACAAUGUCAGGAUCCUGUGGAGAAGCUAAGGCUGCAAUGUCUAGCAAGGGGGGCAUCUGGGAUAAAAGGCCUGGGCAGAGCUUUUAGAAUAAUGGAUGAUAACAGGAGCAGUACUCUAGAUCUCGAGGAAUUUUCCAAGGGUCUUCAAAAUUUUGGCAUCUCACUGCAGCCUUCAGAAGUUCUGGAUAUUUUCCAUCAGUUUGACACAAAUGGAAAUGGAACUAUAAAUUUUGAUGAGUUCCUGAUCUCAAUUAGGCCACCAAUGUCCAAUGCUCGCAGACAGGUCAUACUUGAUGCCUUUAAAAAAAUGGACCGUACUGGGGAUGGUGUAAUAACAAUUGAAGAUCUCAAGGGUGUUUACAACCCCAAAUUUCACCAGAAAUACCGUAAUGGAGAGUGGAAUGAGAGGCAGGUUUUCCAGAAUUUCUUGGACAACUUUGAUUCUCCCAAUAACAAAGAUGGACAGGUAACAGAAGAGGAAUUCCUCAAUUACUACAGCGGCGUGAGCGCAUCUAUAGACAGUGAUGCUUACUUUGUGGUUAUGAUGAAGAACGAGUGGAAGAUUUAGGAUAGUAAAGAGUACUCAAAAAAUAUUAGUCUGUAACUCUGCUUUCCCCUUAGGUGUAUGUACCAAGCAUGGCUUAGAUAUAUGGGUUACAGUUUAUUUCUAAAUAUAGCCAUAACACUUUUUUAAUAGUAAUUGCAAAAGCAAUUAAUUCAUUUAUAUGACUAACUUGCAAUCUAGAGAGACAAGAUAUAUACACAGUAAUAUAGUACUUUGCAUAGCAAAAUUAUAACAAAAAGCUGCAACAUUACUUGAUGAUUGCUUGAUCACUUGAUGCGCACCACUGUAAACUACUGGACACCAUGUUCCUGAUGUCAAGUUAUUGAAAGCAAUUCCUAUUUAUAUUUCAUUUACUUAAACCAAACACCAUCCCCUUUGGACUCAACAUACAAGUUUAGAGACUCCAGACCCAGACUUGCAAUCUGUGGAUUCUGGCAAAUGCCAGAGGGGCUGCUGUAAGAUGCCAUAGACACUCAAUAUUUAUUGGGCUGGUGGGGGCUGUUUGAGCCUCUCUGUACCUGAAAUGCCAGGGCCUAUUUUAAAUCCCAGUCCAGGCCUAAGAGAUGCCACAUCCAACAUUUCACUUUUCACACCUAAUAAUUUGUCAUCUACCUCAAACAGUUCUUUCACCUAGUGACUUAAUAAAACCUGGAAAGAAGGCAGGACUGAGAAUAAAAAAGGUGGGGGGGGGGAGUCACCAGAGCGCUUUAUAUAAUUACACAGAGAGUAUCGUUGGAUUGUAACCUUUACUGGUGCAGGGGCUUAUUGUAUAGUAUAAUGUAUGUAAAGUGCUGUGGAAUAAGACAGUGCUUUACAAGGGUUAUGGCCAUGAAUACUGGGAUAGAUUAUAAUGCCUGUUUUAAUAUUGCUAAGUACAAUGAAAUAACCUGCCUUUAGUUCAUUAAAGGCCAAAAACACCAUAUAAUUUACAGUAUAUAAAUUUAUAGAUUAUGUCUGUCAUUAUCUGCAAAUAAAAUAUUUCUUGAAUAAUCA